AUGGAUGGUGGUGAUGGUUCUAUUUACAGAUCUGGGCAACAGAGAAGACGAAUGUCCCCCUUCUCUUUCUCUCCCCUUCCGUCGUUCUUGACAGCACCAUCGUCUUCGAAUCAGAUCCGUUCGUCUCCGAAGAUGGUGGGGAGUUGGAGCUCAGAAGAAGAUGGUCAUGUUGCAGAUCGUCGGUAUUCCAGAUCUACGAUGAAAAGAUCUUCAAACAAGAUCGGUGAUAAGUAUUUUCACAACAAAAAUCCAAAAAAAUCAGAAAGAGAUGUUUUAACGUCAAGUCGCGUUCCGGUGAGAAGAGGAAGGUCCGGCGACGGUUCAGCCCUUGUCGGAGUCGGAGGUUCGGUGAUGUGCAGGUAUCGAAUGAUUUUUGUUCCAUUUACUGCUAUUGACCAUCAUAAAAAAUCAGUUAAUGUUGGAUCGGGGUUGCUAAGCAAUGAAAGCAUUGAAUCAUACUCUUGGUUGCUUAAAGCGUUUCUUAAAACUCAUAUAUCAGAUGAUUUAUUUACGAACACAAACUUUAGAAAAAGAUUUUCAAAGCUUGUUUGGGACAUUAAUAUGAAACCUGAUGUCAUUGAGGUGAAGUGGGGUUUGCUUAUAAAGGAAUUCAAUCUUGAAGAGACAAGAUGGUUUAAAGACAAGUUUACAAAACUUGGUUCAUGGAUACCUAGAUAUUUUAACGAUAUUCCAAUGUGUAGGUUGAUAAAGACUACGUCGAAGUCAGAGAGUAUGAAUUCAUUUUUUAAUACCUACUCAGAAAGUGGUAAUUUACUUUUGAAUCUCAUGAUGAAUUACGAAACUGCCAUUCAAAAGCAAAAGAAUACUCAACGAGAGCUUGAUAAGGCAUCCAAAAAAGCAUCAUAUAAAAUGCAACCACCUCAAUAA